AUAGCAACUCUGCCAGAGGCAUGACAGGAGUCUAAUCGUGGGCCCCUUGAUCUUGACUCCAGUCACCUCCCUUGUCCAGGUCUGGUCUGCCGCGCCCAGGGCUGAGGCCGGGCGCAUGACCUGUCUUCGGAAGCCUCUGGGCGGAAGGCUGGCCGGGGGUGGUCUGAGGAUGACCGACCCUGCCGUGGCCGAGUGCGCACCGCUGCCGAGGUGGUCUUUCCUGGUCCUUUCCCUUGGUCCCUCCAAGUGGGCCUUAGCGAAGUUGGGCUGGGCCGUCUUCCUGUUGGGCUGGAUACCCCCAUUCCCAGGCCUCUCUAAACUUCGGUUUCCUGGACAAAACCACCUGACAAUCGAUUGUCAUGAGGUGACAGUCGACUAUCAUGGCCCGCGGAACUUGGGAACAAAAGCUGCACAAAAGGAUAAUCGAUUAUCAACAGUGGUUAAUCGAUUAUCAGCUAGUUCUGAACCCAGGAUCAUGACAUACUUUGCAUACCGCGACAAGAGGUCAUGCCUAAUGCGCUUCUUCCGCGGGCCGUCCAGGAACCUGUGGGAUCCAAUGGGUUUUCAUCACUGGGCUUGUAAACUGGCAUUCGGCAUUCGGUUAUCGGCGUUGGUUGUUGGCGUCCGAACACUACAAGAUAAAGAGUCAUCAUUUUGUCACGUGAACAAUCUUGAACACCCGUCUGUCACUUAGCUACACUAUUUUUUUGAAAACACUUAGCUACACUAUAAAUACACUUGUAACUCUCAGAAGAGGAGAUCGAAUUUCAUCUCUCCAAACACAUAUUAUGUAGUAUUUCCAUGUACUCUUCACAUACUUAAUAACAAUUGGACUAUUCUCACCUAAGCUACAAUCCUCCAAGUCAACUCUUGUUUACUUUGUCCUUUUAGUUUCUAAACUCAACGAAGCAUUCUAGACCCGAUCUAGAGUACUUUGUUCGAGUGGUAAUUUACAAUAUCAUAAGAAUAUGAUUGGAUUGAAUAUAAAAAAGUUAAUGUGUAAAAAUUGUUGAUAGUGUAAAAUAUAAUGGAUAAAGUUAUUUGUACCCCAAGGAUUUGUAUCCCAUUUUGUACACCACAGGGAUGCACUAACAUUUUGUAUUGGUGUAAUGCUAAUUUUUGUUAACGCACCAACACUUUAUGUUAGUGUAAAUUUUUGUUAAAGCACCAACACUUUAUGUUAUUUGUACCCCAAGGAUUUGUAUCCCAUUCAGUAUGAACAUUCAAAAUGUUGGUGCAUAUCUUUGGUGUAAAAAUAAAAUACAAAUUUUGGGGUACAUGUAGCAUGCUCCAAAUAUAAUUUACACUACCAAAAUCUAUAUCUAUACUAUCUACAAAAGCAAAUGAAAUGGAAGAGAAAAAAAGAAAAAGAAAAUAAAUUAAGCCUUCUCCCACCCAAGUGUAAGGAGUCGUAUCCACCGUUGAUGCACCUGUGCCGAUUAAUCAGUGGGCUUGAUCAAGCAUAGGGAACACGCGAAUAUAAGAUUAAUAAAGAGCAUGCAUUGAUUAAAAUUUUGAUCGUGAGAGAGUGAAAAGGUCACCGAGUGAACCUAGAAAAUGCAAAGCUCCGAGUGAGAUCUGGGCUCAUCCGACCUAGGGUUUAAGAACAUUCUUAAUUAAAUAUAAAACCACUCAUCCGACCUAGGGUUUAUCCCAGGGACAAUCUGGGCUCUGCUUCUGGAGACAGCUCAAUGUAGUGGUGGCUUGAGCAUCUGUUUAGCCUUUAGGUAUUGAAUUGAAUUUCAUUGUGACGAGCUAAAACCUAUGUGAUACUCUUCCAUCUAGGUAAUUUAUGUUCAGUGAUAUUUGUAUGUUUGUUCUUAUUAGAUGAGAGUAUAUAUGGAAAAAUAAUUAGCAACAAGGAGUUGUAGAAUGGAUGCAUGAGCACUUCAAAAUCGAAACAUCCUUUUGUUUGCAAGCCUUCUAAUUAAGAAUGAUGAUGAGACCUUUUCACAUCCUUUGAUGAAGGUGGAUGUCACAUUUAAGAGCUUUUGACAUUGUGAAAUACACUUCCAUCAACCUGAUUAAAUAUUUUGAUAAGGUAAUUGUUGGUUUACAAAUUAUUAUUGACAUUCACACACACUAUUUGUGGGAUAGGAGAAGUUUUUUAUCUAUAACUUUAAAAAUCAUACUCUGAUUGUUCUUUGAGAAAUACUAUUUUGGUUAGUUUAAUUUAGACCCCAUUGACUAAAAUACCUGGAUUCGAUUCUAUUUUUACCCAACAUACAAUAUUAACACGUGAAUAUGCUUAAAUGUUGGAGAUUGAAUAUUUAUGAAAAUAUGUGAAUAUGUUUAAAUAUUGGCUUCCAGAGUUAUGCGAAGACAUGUUUACUUAAUUCAUUGUCUUCUUAAUUAUUCCGUGGAUGAAUUAAUAAUAAUUAACUACAUUUGUGAACAUAUAUGGUGUAUGAGUUGGCCUCUUUGAUACUCACAGCAGGGAUAUUGAAAAAAACAUGAUGAAAAGACUCAUUUCCCAAGCUUUGAAUGAAGUACUACGUUCGGGCGAGGAAUCAUCAUACAUUUUAUGAGUAAUGUGAACUACUAUUUUUGCACAUGUAUGUUAGUUGAUAGUUGUAGGCGUCACCAUAUCUUAUACUCCGUAAAUAUAAUAAACAAACCAGAAAAAAAUGAAGUGGGUUGG